AUGGCGGAAGAGGAAGAGGGCGGUGUGGAGGAGGAGGACGUGUUCUUAGCAUUUGCCCAGGGUCCCAUUCCUCCUCGGGGGCCCCUGCGGCGCGCUUUGGACAAGGUCUUCCUCACUUUCUUGGUCCUCUUCCUGACACUGCUGAUGCUGGAGGCUGCUUAUAAACUGCUGUGGCCCCUGCCAUGGGCCAAGUUUCAGGACUGGCUCCUGAGGACCCCCGAGGAGGAGGCAGCUCUGGAACUGUGA